GCAUUGACGUGUAAGAUGGGAGGUCAGUAACACACAUUCGCACUCAAGCACGCACGCACACGCACACGCACACGCACACACACAUGUACAUGGUCAUACUUCGUCAUGGCAAGUGUGUUUGAUCGUUAUAUUUUCGUGGCCAAAAUAACACAAUAAAAUGUAGUGAAAAUGUUAACAGUCCAUGAUGAAAGGGUUAAGCUCAAAAUGUAGUGUAUUAUGAAUCGGUGCCUUUCAUUGCAACCAAACUGCUGAAGAUGUUAAAAACAAAGCCCUAUUCGACAUAUUGUUUUGUUAAGGACGUUUUUUCAAAGUCAAUAAGCCUUUAUGAACGAAUGAUUUUUUGCUUGACGUCCUGCCGCCCAUGUUAUUAACUGGCUUCAUUUCAUUGAAACGCAAAUAACAAAUACACCAUAAGCCAUAAACUGAGGCCAGGAAUACAAUGUUUAUUGCCAAUAGGACGGUAAUUGUCAAACUAAUCUCGGGUUGGAGAUCUUCAUUCCAGGGAGAGUCCUGCUGGGAGAGUGUUGAAUGAAGAUGUCGCGGGCGUCGUUGGUCGUCGUGUGUGGAUUGCUGGCUGUUACCGUCGGCCGAGACCCUCACAGCGAUGUCGGAGGGAGGAACAGGGGAGCGGGGUCAGAGGUCAUGUGUCCCCCGGACUGGCUGUCGGGCAGGUUCAUGUGUUACAAGGUUGUCCCUCUCAAGGUCAACUGGGUUAACGCUCUGAUGCACUGUGCCGCCAUGAGGGCUCACCUUGUAGACAUCAACUCCCGUGGAGAACAGAUGGAACUGGAGAAGUUGCUCCGUGCUAAACAUACAGGGCUGAAGACCGAGAGGUUGUGGAUCGGCGGAAGUGACCUGUCCAGUAAUGGCCAGUGGCAGUGGGUGACCGCCCGUCAGAACAUGUCGUACACCCAUUGGUACCGCCGCACACCGCCCCCUGCCGGCAGGGGGGCUGGACUGUGCCCUGAUGGUAGGGGGCAUCUAUCUGUGGGGGGCCAGCGACUGCACAGCUCUCUAUCCCUUUAUUUGUGAAGCAAGACCCUUGUUGGACCUUCACUCCUCGACUAACUAGAUGCUGGAUGUACAGGGGCCCUCUUGGGGUUAGAGGAGCUGUAACUUAAUGUUUUCUUCAAUGACUUGAUACAUUAUGAAGUGA